AUGGUUGUCGUUAUUGCCGGGGACUCAGACCUCAAUGGCGAGUACCACAAGGUGCCUAGAGGAAGUUUUGAGAUGCAGGAGGACAUGGCGAUGACAUUCCGUGGCUACCACUGCGAUAUCGUCGACAGCGACGGCAACGCUGUUCCAGGCGGACAGCUGACCCGGAAAGAUGGAUUGACGAGAAGGAUUCUCAAGGCUGGCUACCGAUGCCACAUCCUGAGCGGAAGGGUGACGUUCAAGAGGUUCUUUUAUUAG